AUGUCUCGCGAUUCCCAACGUCAAGAGGUAACAUGGAAGCAAACGCUACCAGUAGUUCAGCUGUACUAUUACAGGAAAUCGGGUUCACUGCGAGAUGGAAGCCAGAACGAAAAUAUGAACACAGUAUACCGAAGACGACUUAUGUCAACUAUGGCGCAACGAUUUUCUCUUUGGUUAGCAGCGAGUUUUUGUACCAUCUUACUUGGAGGAUUGGUAGCAGCUAUUGCCAUGAUGACUUUUAUAAAAGACUCAACAACAAGUACUUCGACAAUAACCACGACAACUCAAACUCAAGGAAAUAUCACGAACACAACGGUAACAAGUAGUAAAAUAUAUUAUUGUGGGGGUCUAUCUAAUUUCACACGCUGGAACCUUUAUUCUUCUAAUGGAUUAUACAUGAACAUCGAUACAACUACAUGUAGCUUUAAUUCAACCCCGCUCUAUUUCACUAGCAUGGGUGGAAAUGAUGAACAAUGGUUUUUAGCGGGUUAUGCUGCUAUAUAUGCAGCUACGAAGGUAUCAUUUAGAAUUUAUAUGACUUCCUCAAACCAAUCGAACAAUGUAUUAAUGCUUAAUUCCUCCUAUACAAACCAAUGGAAUGUAAAUUGGCUUGGUAUUACUUAUUAG